AUUUCAAAAUUAUGUGUAGAAACUUUAGCUUUUUUAAAAUAGUAUUUAUUCUUGAAAACCGCACAAAUGAUACAGGAAGGCACAUUUCUAUAACAUUCAGAAAAAUAUAGGAGAUAAAAGGAAAACGGGAAGAAAACGGACAACUGGAAUAAAUAUUAAUACAUACCAGAUUAGGGCUUAAUAAAUCACUUAAAGUAAUUGGUAAAGUGCGACAAAACUAUAUGAUGAUUGCAAUCUACCCGAAACGCCACAGUAUGUGUUUAUCGAAUGGACUGCAAAUGAAUCAGAAAGGAGACAGUUCACAGAACCAAUUUAGAUAAUGAAAAAAUAUUUUUAGAAGCGAUGUAAGUAAAAUUAAAGGUCAAAUUAUGUUAUUUUUGAAAAAUAUAAAUCUAAUAUGGAGAAUUUAUAUUACUACUAUUAAUUUACUUUUUCGUCAUUAGUAAUUUAUUUGAGUUAUUUUAUUCAUUCCCCUGUUAAUUUCUUGUCCCCUCUCCAGUCCACUUGGGGGCGGUAAUGCUUUCUAUAGUUCUUUGCCAACCACCAUUCAAACAAAGACGUAAUUGUGGGCUUUAAUGCACCUGCCGGAGGAUCAGGCCGCAGGCUGUUUGGUCUAAUGUCAUGGUUUGAGAUUGAUGCGAUUCUUUUCAGCGCGGCAGACACGAAACCACCGGACUUUGAACUCAGCGCCGUUUUGUUUGGCUGCUGGACUCCAUAAAACAUCUGAGAUACAAAUAUGGCGUCAGGAAUCAGCAGCAGAUCGACAUUGAGAGGAAUCUCUACAAUGAAGUGAGGACCUGCUGGACUCAUUAAGAGUAAAGCGCUUUGUGGACCUUACCAGAGGGGCCGCUUUUCAUUGGCUGAUGCCCAUUCUACGUGGUCACGUGUAUGAACUGGAACGGAAACUCUGCCCCCUGCUGGCAGCAGCACCUGAGAUACAUCUGGAUCCCAGAGUCCAGAGGACGCACACCAGAUGUGUGGCGCCAUAUUUUACUGACAAGUCGACAUGUAAAAAUGAACGUUUGCAUAAAUAUACAUAAACUAAGGAAGCAUCAAACCCCAGGAUUUAUGAUUUUAAUAUUUUAUCGUUUAAACGAUGAAACUGAACCCGUUUAUCCUCAGAUAAUCCUCAGACAAUAAGCCAACAGAAAAUACAGAAAAUAGAAAUAAAGGAUGUGAAACCUCAGUCCAACGUCAACAAUCAUGUUGCUCAGUUUGAGUCUCAUAAAGAUGAAACUCCUGGUCUGAAUGAAUCUAUUUAUUGUCCCUAAAGAGAAACCAGGGCUGAUCAGACAGUUUGAUUAUUGAUCAGGUGUGGAGACAAUCACAGGUCCAUCAGUAGCUGCAUCCAGGUGAGCCGCUACCUGAGGAGAACAUGGAGCCAUUGAUCAGAGAUCAGAUUGAUCUGCUGAUUUAUUACUUACCGUUGCCGUGGUUACGGCUUCAGACCUCCUGCUAUUUCUACUCAUUUCCAUUAAGAUGUAUUUGUGGAGGCGGCAGGCGGAGCGGCAGCUGCUCUGUUUCUAAAUUGUGAUGAAUGAAUGAAAGUUGAGCCGCUCUAAGCCAACGGCUUCAUAUCGGACUUUUCUUGUGCGCCGCAUUUUUCUAAAUUUAUCUGUACGCCAAGUUUUAGAGUGAAACUGCGCAGUGUUUCAUACAUGACUCCUCAGAUAUUUUGCCUGUUUGGUUCAAUUGUUUCUACUUUUUCUUUCAGUUUUAGUUUUUUCUGAGUUCCUCAGUUUUAUGGAUCAUAAUAUUGCAGAGAUUAGUUACAUUUAAAAUGGUUUUAUUUGAAAAAAUAACUUCUUGUCCCAGAAACAUUUUAGUUUCCUAACUGAUAUUGUAGAUCUAAUUUGGUUUGUUCACAAAUAGAGCUGAAACUAGAAAAAGCUUCUGAAUGUAGUUUUGAACUUUUUGUUUCAGUUUCAGACCUUUUAUUUAUUUAUUUUUUUCAGUUCAAAAUUAUUUUUCAUUUCUAAAAAAAAUUUAAACCAGCUCAAUAUCUACAAAUUAGCUCCAUAAAUAAACUAACUAUAAAACUAAAAAUUAACUACUUUUCAGAGUCAAGUCUUCUUCCUUACUUUGUCUUUUCAGUUUCAACAUUUUUAAUAACCUUUUUGGCCUCAAUUUAGCUCCAUAUAAUAGGUUAACUCUUCUGUAUUCUCAUAUUAUUGGCACAUAUUUUGUAAAAGAACGUUGGUUUUUAAUGAACUUUUGCUAGAAAUGUUUGUUCCUACACAAAGUAUUUUCAUAUAUAAUUAAGUUAAAUAUCUCUAUUUAAAGUAUCUGGGAUGGAAGUUUUUCCUUCACCUCCAGGAGUUAGCCUGAUCCCACUGCAGCGUUGCUCUGAGUUUAAACUGAUCCGGGUUUGGACCGAUGAAGCAGGGAAACAACUCAAAGAACAAAAACAUGAUUAUGAACUUUUUACAGAUGAUAAAGUGACUUUUUAUGUUCGGGAGUUUUAUUACUAGUUUAUAAAUGCUCAAAGAGGAAAAGCAUUUAUUACAAUUUUAAAUUUAAAGAAUGUCUGAAUUACUGUUGCUUGUAAUGCCUUAUUUUCACCAAAAGAUGGCGACAAAAAGCAGCACUCGUGUAAUAAAACCACAGAGUACAAAGAUUGUCUAUAAAAAUGAUGUCCGUCAGUUUCUACAGUGUUAUCGUGAAAAGAUGAAUUACUUUAAACAUAUUAAAGGGCAUUUAAAUUGUUUCUUUAUAAAACACAUGUAAAGAAAUUGUAUUAGAAAUAAUUAAACAGCUCAGAUGUAGCAAAAAUUAACAAAAGUUCAAGUAAUGAAAAUUAUUGUAUAAAAAUAACCCUCUCCUUAUGAUUCUAUUCUACUUUGAAGUUUAAUUUGCUUUUAGCCAGUUAAGUAUUAUUGACCUGAAUAUAUAAAGGACUAAAUAAGGACAUAACUUGAAAAUUAAUAAUGGCUAUAAAUAAACUCUGUACAACGUAUAAGAACUAUGCAAAACUUUAUCAUUCUUCUUUAAAUACAUUUCUAUUCUCUCUGCUCACGUCCUCUCAGAAAUCACCUCAGAGUGAGCCCUCUCCCCAGUGUCUGGUCCUGGGUUUUUUGCUCGGAGUGAGCCCUCCCCGCUCUGUAACAGAUCGUCUCCUCUCAGAUCCGCUCCGACCCGCUGCCGCUCGGACCGUCGCCGUAGUUUGGCGGAGAAUAGCGGCUCCAUCCUCGGCCUGGAGCUGCGUGAUCCGACCGGAGGACCGACACCUUUGGACUCGCAGAUGCAGGCGCUCUGAGUGUGGACCGGUCCGGUUCCAACCCAAACCCGGUGUUUCCCUGACCAGCUGAGCGUCAUCUCCCUGGAAACAGAGAUGCUCCACGGCGACAGGAAGCAGCAGGCCAGCAGACAGGAAGUGGAGGGCCAGACCACCGUCGGCUGACGGAGCAUCUCCACCUGGCAGAUCUCUCUCUCUCUGACAACACAAGAUGUCCGCCGAUAACAGCCCGCCACCCUCAUGCCCCGCCCAGAACCAGGCUCCGCCCACGCCGUCGCCCAGCCCGCCCGCCGCCGUCUGCGGCCGACUGUCCGACGGCAGCCAGACGGGCCCCAGCCCCACCAACUCCAGGGGCUCCCUGCAGGGGGUCUCCUUCCUGCUGCAGAUCGGACUCACCAGGGAGACCGUGACCCUUGACCCCGGAGAUAUGUCAUUGCUGGCGGUCCGAGAGCUUGUCUGCUCCAUCGUGGAUCAAAAGUUCCCAGAAUGUGGAUUUUUCGGGAUAUACGAUAAAAUCCUGCUGUUCCGCCACGAUCCGACGUCCAGCAACAUCCUGCAGCGCCUGGCGACCGCCGACGAGAUCCAGGAGGGCGACCUGGUGGAGGCCGUGGUGUCAGCGCUCGCCACGCAGGGAGACUUCCAGAUUCGGCCGCACGCGCUCUACGUUCACUCCUACAAGGCGCCGGCGUUCUGCGACGACUGCGGCGAGAUGCUGUGGGGCCUGGUGAGGCAGGGCCUCAAAUGUGAAGGAUGCGGCCUGAACUACCACAAGCGCUGCGCCUUUAAGAUCCCCAACAACUGCAGCGGCAGGAAGAGACGGCUGUCCAACAUCUCUCUGCCGGGUCCAAACCUGUCUGUGGCCCGACCGCCUUCCACCGAGCUGCCCCCGACACCGCUGGAGGAGCGCCCCCUGCUGGGAGCCGGGAAGCGUAACUCCUUGCUGAGCGGCCGUCCCAUCUGGAUGGAGAAGAUGGUGCUGGGUCGGGUUAAAGUCCCCCACACUUUCUCCAUCCACACUUACACCCGGCCCACCAUCUGCCAGUUCUGCAAGCGGCUGCUGAAGGGGCUCUUCAGACAGGGUUUGCAAUGCAAAGAUUGUAAGUUCAACUGCCACAAGCGAUGCGCUGCCAAAGUUCCUCGGGACUGUCUGGGGGAGGUGGACUUCAACGGAGAGCCACUCAGCCCCAGUCUGGACCCCGAGGCCUCCAUGGAGGUGGAGGCCUGCGACGGAGGUCAGAGUUUGGACGAGCAGGACGAGCCGUCCACGCUCGAGGACAAACUCUUCUUCAUGGACGGUUCCCUGGGAGACGCAGAGAAAGACGAGGAGACGGCAAGAGCCAUCAGCCCGUCGACCAGCAGCAACAUCCCUCUGAUGAGAGUGGUGCAGUCGGUGAAACACACCAAGAGGAGGAGCUCUGCCGUUGUCAAGGAGGGCUGGAUGGUCCACUACAGCAGCCGGGACAACCUGAGGAAGAGGCACUACUGGAGGCUGGACACCAAGAGCCUGACUCUGUUCCAGAACGACAGUGGGGCCAAGUUCUACAAGGAAAUCCCUCUGUCCGAGAUCCUGCGGGUGGAGGCGGCCCAGGACUUCGGCCAUCUUGCCCAGGGCGGCACCCCGCACUGCUUCGAGGUCAUCACCGCCUCCACGGUCUACUACGUCGGGGAGGACGCGGGCGGGCCGCCCCACGGUCCGGCGCCGGCCGCGUCCGGAGUGGGCCGGGUUGUGGGGCGCAGCUGGCAGAAGGCCAUCACACAGGCGCUGAUGCCCGUCACCCCCAAGGCGAGCGGCGGCGCCGGGCCGAGCAAGGACCACAAGGAACUCUCCAUCAGCAUAUCCGUGUCCAACUCCCAGAUACAGGAGAACGUGGACAUUAGCUCGGUGUACCAGAUCUUUGCCGACGAGGUUCUUGGCUCAGGACAGUUUGGGAUCGUUUACGGAGGGAAACACAGGAAGACGGGCCGAGACGUGGCGAUCAAGAUCAUCGAUAAGAUGCGGUUCCCCACCAAGCAGGAGAGCCAGCUGAGGAACGAGGUGGCCAUCCUGCAGAACCUCCACCACCCUGGCAUCGUCAACCUGGACUGCAUGUUUGAGACACCUGAGCAGGUGUUUGUUGUCAUGGAGAAGCUCCAUGGAGACAUGCUGGAGAUGAUCUUAUCCAGCGACAAGAGCCGGCUGCCAGAACGCCUCACCAAGUUCCUGGUGACGCAGAUCCUGGUGGCUCUCAGGCAUCUCCACUUCAAGAACAUCGUCCACUGUGACCUGAAGCCCGAGAACGUUCUGCUGGCCUCGGCCGAGCCGUGUCCUCAGGUGAAGCUCUGCGACUUCGGCUUCGCCCGGAUCAUCGGGGAGAAGUCGUUCCGGCGCUCGGUGGUCGGCACGCCGGCCUACCUGGCGCCGGAGGUUCUGCGCAGUAAAGGCUACAACCGGUCGCUGGACAUGUGGUCGGUGGGCGUGAUCGUCUACGUCAGCCUGAGCGGGACGUUCCCCUUCAACGAGGACGAGGACAUCAACGACCAGAUCCAGAACGCCGCCUUCAUGUACCCGCCCAACCCAUGGAAGGAGAUCUCAGAUGAAGACUCAUGUUGUACCUAGGGUAGGUAGAGCGCCACCUGGAGGC